AAAGAAAAAUCAAGUUACGGUUCUUUUUUGUGUAGCUGACAAAAUCCCCAUGGAAACUCUGAGCUCAGCAGCUUCGAUCGUAUCUUCUUCCUCAUCAUCUUCUUCGAUUUCAUUUUUUUCGCCGAAGAAAAAUAAUACUCUACCUGUCAGAUUCCUCCGUAUCCAUUCUUCUUCCAAAAAGAAUGAAAACGAGUUUGAUAACCGAUCUGUCUCGAACGAGUCAAGCAUCGUUCCUUUCUUUAACAACCCCACCCUCUCUAAGGACGAUGCGAUGGGAAUUGUUCUGAGCGCAGCCUCUGUUAGAGGAUGGACUACAGGCUCCGGUAUGGAAGGCCCCUCUGUUCCCGCAGGCGCUGACGGGUCCAGUACGGAGAACAUAUCUACGUUACCAUGGUCUCUCUUCACCAAAUCGCCACGUAGGCGAAUGCGCGUGGCUUUUACUUGUAACGUUUGCGGUCAAAGGACUACUCGCGCUAUCAAUCCACAUGCCUAUACGGACGGCACCGUUUUUGUUCAGUGCUGUGGAUGCAAUGUGUUUCAUAAGCUAGUCGAUAAUUUGAACCUGUUUCAUGAAAUGAAGUGCUAUGUGAACCCUAGCUUUAAUUAUAGAGAUUCAAAAUGGGACGUCGGAUUCAAGUUGUUCGAUAUGGAUGAUGGCGAUGAGGGAAAUGAAAAUGAUGAUAGAGAUGAUGUGUAUCCAAUAUAAUAAAGAGGUGAUAACCUGGUAAUCUGGUAUGAUAUGUUUGAUUUUCAUAAUGUAAAUUCUAUUCUUAUACUUGGGAAUUCUAUAUCUGUAUCGUACAUUAUGUAUAUAGCGUCUUUCAUUACUGUAUUUUAUAACUCUAAAUUCAUCAUAACUUGAACAAUGUUUCGUA